GAUAGUAAAAAAAUGUCAUCUAUAUGUCCCAGUUGUACUCAAUUGUGUCUGAACCAAUUUGCUUCUCUUAGUUGGACAAGCAACUCUCUCUCUCUCUCGCCGACCCACCGAACGCCAUAGAACACAGAAAAAAAACAUGUCUUCCCCAAGCAAACGCCGGGAGAUGGACUUGAUGAAGCUGAUGAUGAGCGAUUACAAGGUAGAAAUGGUCAAUGAUGGCAUGCAAGAGUUCUAUGUCCUGUUCAAUGGACCCAGUGAUUGUCCUUAUCAUGGAGGGGUUUGGAAGAUAAGGGUUGAGCUCCCAGAUGCUUAUCCGUACAAGUCUCCAUCGAUUGGCUUUGUUAAUAAGAUCUACCACCCAAAUGUUGAUGAGAUGUCUGGUUCAGUUUGCUUAGAUGUCAUCAAUCAGACCUGGAGCCCCAUGUUUGAUCUGGUAAAUGUGUUUGAAGUGUUCCUUCCUCAACUUCUUUUGUAUCCAAACCCAUCAGACCCCUUGAAUGGAGAAGCUGCGGCAAUGAUGAUGCGUGAUCGGGUUGCUUAUGAACAAAGAGUCAGAGAAUAUUGUGAGAAAUAUGCUAAGCCUGAAGACGCCGGAGCUGCCCCGGAAGUCCAAUCCAGUGACGAUGAGGAGCUGAGUGAAGAAGAAUGUGACUCUAGUGAUGAGGCAGUGGCUGGCAAAGCAGACCCAUAGGUGCAUGGACUACCCUCUGUGUAUCUGUACAUUAUGUUUUAGCCUUCAGUUAAAACAAAUCCAACUUUGACAAAAAGAACGAGUUUAUUUGGAAGGGGAGAAUAAAAUUCAGCCUUUCCAGACCAGUGACCCAUCAAUGUAAAUAAAUGUGCACUUGGGUUCAUGCUUAGAUCAUCUGUUGGAUUUGUUCUACUGGACAAACAAAGCCAUGGUUUAAGGUAAUACAGGUAGACUUUGUCAA